AUGUCUCUCACAAAAGUCAAGCAUAUUGUCCUGGUCCUCUCGGGCAAGGGAGGUGUUGGAAAAUCAUCUGUCACUACCCAGCUUGCCCUUUCUCUUUCGCUUGCGGGCCAUUCCGUCGGAGUCCUGGAUGUUGACCUUACAGGCCCCUCGAUUCCGCGAAUGUUCGGUAUCGAAGAUGCCAAAGUGACACAAGCUCCUGGCGUCUCGGCUUCCUCCUUCCCAAGCGGGGUGAUGCCGUCGUCUGGCGUGGACCAAAGAAGACCGCCAUGGUUCGCCAGUUUUUUGACCGACGUGUUCUGGGACGAGACCGACUAUCUCCUUAUCGACACGCCUCCUGGCACCAGCGACGAACAUAUUUCUUUGGCGGAGAACCUGCUGCAAAAGGCACGACCUGGUCAGCUUGCUGGUGCCGUCGUGGUCACCACCCCUCAAGCUGUGGCAACUGCCGAUGUUAGGAAGGAGCUCAACUUCUGCCAAAAAACCAGCAUUCGAGUUCUCGGUGUUGUGGAGAAUAUGUGCGGUUUUGUUUGCCCCAACUGCAGCGAGUGCACAAACAUUUUCAUGAGUGGUGGAGGAGAGGUCAUGGCCAACGACUUUGGCGUUCGGUUCCUUGGCCGUAUUCCGAUCGACCCUCAGUUUCUCGUUCUUAUCGAGACAGGCAAGCGACCAACAUACCCAGCAGGCACCACGGUCGAUGGGAAAGAUGUAUCGACUCCUGCUGGGGCCAGCGCGGCUGAAGAGGUGGGAGUUAAGGAUGGCUCGCUUCUGGUGCACAAGUACAAGGACUGCUCCCUUGCACAGAUUUUCAGCAAAAUUACCGCCGAUGUGAUAUCCGCUGUACAGCAAUGA